GCUCAGAAAAAACUCAUCUAUCUCUGGCUCAGUCGUCAGUUUCUUGCCUUGUGCCGCCUUGAUCUUAGUCACUUUUUCUGCAGAUUCACCUCUUCCUUUCCCUCUUCCUCUACCAGCUUUUUUUUUCCCCAGUCUCUUCCUGGCCCUCUUCCUCUUUUUCCUCUUUUCUUAUUGCACUGUGUUUGACCUGCCCUCCCCAUGUCUCGUCCAAUAUCCCUGGAGGUGGUGCAGCCGAGCUCUAAGGGCUCCUGGAACGGGAGCCUGAACCACAGCCUGGUGGACGAGGAGUGUCAGGUCCCUCCCCUACGGAGCUACCUCCUGUUUACCAUCUUCACCUGCUUCUGCCCUGCAUACCCCGUCAACAUCGUGGCUCUGGUCUUCUCCGCGAUGUCCAGGAACAGCUAUCAGAAUGGGGACUAUGAGGAUUCGCGGAGGCUGGGGCGUAAAGCCCUGCAUGUGGGAAUUGCCUCAGUCAUCCUUGGCAUCACCAUCAUCAUCAUCUUCUGUGCUGUUCAGUUCACCAAGCAAUAAGUCUGAGAUUAAAGACAAAAAAAAUACCACAAUCGGAUGGAACGGCAGAGCAGAACCACUGAGAAAACACCAAAUGCUGAGGAAGGCCGCCGCGGCUCUGGGAUCGCACAGCGUGAGCACAGCAUUAUCUCCUCUCUGUGUCGCCAGAAACUCUUCCUAAGUUUUGAUGACACUGUUGUCAUUGUUGGAUGCCAAAUAGCGAGCAUUAUUUACAAGAAAGAAACAGCGUUGUCUACUUUUCCAAUUAUUGUUAUUUGUCUGGGGCAAAUAUAUAUAUAUACUAAAUUAACAAAAUAGUAAGUCAAAAUAGUAUUCCUACCUUUAAAUGGCAACUCGUACUUUAAGAGAAUUCACAAGUUUAUUUGAUGGCAGCAUGUUAGCAACGCAAUAUAUGUUUGCGCCUCAGUGCUCCGCGAAAUCCGCAAGGAGCAGGGCUCUGGAUGCUUAGGCGACCGUUAUAGGUCUAUAUCAGCUUUCAAAAUAUGCAUUAUUAUUGUAAUCUUAUUUUUAAUAUUCGAGUAUAUUUAUCCUGUUUUUCCAAGUUGCAAAUAGGGUUUUAAUGCUAAUAUUCAUCAUUGUGCUACCCCAGUGAGUCUAAAUCCUUUUGCGAAUGUUUGUGAUUUAUAAUAUAUAUAUCAAUAUAAAUAUUUAUAUAUUGACUAAACGCAUUACACAAUGAAUAGGGUAAUACUAUAGUAUUAUUUUAAAAAAAUAUUAUUCUUUACUUCGCGUAACCAUAAAAAUGCCCGAAUUUAAAAUUGUUUCUGUAGAAUUUGGUUUUAUAUAGCCUGUCAGUUAUUCAAAAUAAUUACAGACAUCAUUUAAAUUAAAAGAAUACGUGUAUUAUUGACUGUAGUCAGAAUAUGCCGCACGAGAAGAAGUGUUAUCAUAGGAUAAGUACAAUAAUUCAUAAUAACUGUGGAUUUACUGUUUGUCCCGAUAGUUACUUUGCCAGCUUGUCUUCUUAGCUGGAUUUUAGCAGGAACUUUGAAGGGGGGUUGCGGCCAAUCAGUGAUGGUGGGGUAAGAAACAGACACAGGAAAAGAAAACUAAGUGCUCUUCAGUCCAUGGGGACCACUGGAGUGUCCUGUAGAUGAUGGGUCCACCUCAAAGCGGGGAAAAUAAGUAAUGCACGCUUUUAGGCACACCUAACCCCGCCUAGGACAGCCCUCUCCCUCGGUGCCGUUUCCCAUUACGUGAACUCUUCUGAGUCUGCAGUUACAAUAAAGGUUUUCACAGGCAUUUAAUAUGUAGAUUUUCUGUUUUUGGAAUCAUCAAGCACUUAUGUAGGAAGAAAGAGAUCGACAAAUAUAACGAUCGUGUUUUUAAAUCCUACAGUAGAAGGGGCGUCCUGUUAAUGAAUAUCCUAGCAAGAAAAAAUUGUAUUGUAAAUUUAUUUUUUUAUUGAAAAACAGAGACAGGAUCGAUUUUCAUGUUUGUAAACGUAUACCACCUUGCGGUAAAAUCCCACCAAGGUUACAGACAUAUCUUGCAGCGAAGAGAAUAAUGUAGGCCUUAGCAAAAUGCGCCCUCAGUCAUGACAGCAGUCUUUUGACGUGCUCUUGUAUGUCUUGUGUAUUGUAAAAGUAUAGGAUAAUCCGUAGGAAUCAAAUGAAAUUCUGAUCAGAUUUUGAUUUCAACUUUAUUAAAUUACAUGUUUUUUCUCUUUAGUGGUUAUUUGCCGAAAUUAAAGCUGCUGGUAUAUAGGAGGACUAUGUCAUGGUGUACUUUAUACACAACUUAAGAGUAGACAUAUAUUUGGAACAGAUUCUUGACCCGCUCAGCAUUGGAUGAAGGGGUAGGGAGGCCAGAUUAUGCCACGUUUCUUUAAUAAUAAAAAAAAAAAGGUUUUUUUUUUUACCCGAAAAAAAAGUUUGUUGAUUUUCCUUGUAAAUGUAUAUAAUUCUUAAAAAUAAACCUUACGUGUUAACAAAAACGUUUUGGAUAAGCGGUUGAAAGACGCAUGACUUAUGGAAGAGUGUAUCAUGUAUCCUAAAAAAAGCAGAAACGUGGUCUGCUGUACAUGUGCGUAAAGUUAUGAAGACAGUAUGUACAUAAUCAAUUUUAUCGUGUAUAUUAUUGUGUGCAAAGUAAUGUAAAAGGCAUUCCUUUAAAAAUUACAGUACAUGUAUUACUAAAAACAAUCAAUGCUCAGGUAAAUCUGGUAAUCCCGAAACAUGUAUUGGGUCACAUAACACGUUUACGAGUAAAUGACGGCGUAUUCCCAGCCGCUAACAUACACGUAGAAUCCGAACAUAGAGACUUAAUUGUCUAACAUAUCUGUAAAAUUUAUAAUAGACUGCACUGAUGUUUGUUGGAGAGCGAUGUGUUAUUGUUGCACUGAUGUUGAUAAAUAACAGACAGGUACUGUAAUUGUAUUUCUUAAUAAAGAAUGAAUCCACCCUGACAUCCAGA